AUGUCGAGUCAGGAGCGCAACCAGGAGCAUGCCACGAACCUUAUCGUCAUUCAUGAUGAAUACGGGCAAAAGCUGUGGGGCCCUUUCAGCAACUCAAAAGAGCAUCUAGCAAGCGAGAUGGAAGUCUUCGUCAAUAGGAUACGAAAAGCGGCCGGCGGCCCUGUACCCGACAAUGUCGUAGCCGAGUGGAAAGAGAAAAUAGUCCCCGCUGUGGAAGAACUUAUCAAACAAGCUGAAGUCCCUGACUUGGAGCAGAAGCUGUGGUGGUAUCUCGUUGAUCACCUUGAUUUCGAUGACACUCUAAAGACAAUAUCUCUCAAACAAGGAUUUCAGAAGGACACAGCCAUAGCCAUGAAGAGGCUCGCAGCAGGCGAGGAACUAGGAGAAUACAAGUCUAUGAAAGAACCAUCGCCUGGAUAUGGACCUGGGAUAGACCUUUACUCCGUCAGCGUAAGAACAGUACGGACGGAUGAGCUCGAUCGCCGGCGUGUAAGGGAGAUUGAAGAGGUCCAAAAGAGGUUAAUCGCUCCACCAAGAUACCCCCUCGAUGACAUGAGCAAGUUGUGGGACCGAGAUUGGCGCUUUCAGAAUUAUGCCGAGCAUCAAUAUUACGACUCUCCGUUGGAGGGCGACGUCGAAGUCUUCGUGUCCAAAGUCAAGGCUAUAGCGUACGCAGAAAAUCUGGCGGAGGGGAUGACGGAAUAUGGCCCAGUCGAAACGGAUAAUAUCGUAGCUCUGCAUCUAGGCGAGAGCGAGUCCCGAAAGAUAUACGAACUCAAGUCCGAAAGGAUUUCUGACUUGGAGUUGCGGGGCCUACCUUUCUUUUACAAGCUGGUAAUAAUCACCCACUCUCACGUCUGCAAGGAGCACAGAGCCGAUUUGUCGAAACUCGAGGGGUACCCGGCCAAACGUUGA